AUGCAAACAGGUCUGCAGCAGCUGGGACAGAGGCUGUUGGGCUUCCACAAGUCGACUCACCAUGGUCUGAAACGAAACAUCUGCUCUUGUCAUAAUGCGAUGAAGAAGAUGUUCUGUCGCACAGACCAGCAGCCUGUCUGUCAUCUCUGCACAGUGGAUGGACACAGAGGCCAUGAAACAGUCUCACUGGAAGCAGAAAGUAUGAACAGGCAGAAAAGAGUCAAGGAGAGUCUGCAAAGAGUCCAGCAUAGAAUCCAGAGCAGAGAGCAGGAGGUGGGAGUGCUGGAGCAGGAGGCAGAGGCCAUCAGACAGUCUGCUGAUGAAACAAUGAGGGACAGCGAGACAGUCAUCACGGAGCUGCUCGGCUUCAUCAAGGCAAAGGGCUCCAGUCUGAAGCAGCAGAUCAGAUCCCAGAAGACGACUGAAGUGAGUCGAGUCAAAGAGCAGCAGAAGAAGCUGAAGCAGGAGAUCGCUGAGCUGAAGAGGAAAGACGCUGAGCUGAAGCAGCUCUUGAACAUAGAGGACCACACAGAACUUAUACUCAGUCACUCCCUACAGUCUGAACUCAGUGGGCCAGCAGCUUCCCCGGUCAUCAGAACCAGCCAGAACAGGUACUUUGAGGACGUGCAGACAGCGGUGUCAGAGGCCAGGGAUCGGCUCAAGGAAACCACGGGUGAGGAAUGGAGCAAGAUCUCAGCGACACUGAGAUCAGUGGACGUUCUGCUGCAGCGAGCAGAGCCGUCCAGCAGAGACGAGCUGCUCAAAUAUUCACAUCCCCUCACGCUGGACCCAAACACAGCACACGCUAACCUCCAUCUGUCUAAUCAGGGCAGAACCGUAACAGAUAGUUUAUCAGGUAUAUUUUCUAACAACUCAGGCAGGUACAGCUCCUGUCAUCAGGUCCUGAGUAAAGACAGCGUGACUAAACCUCUUUACUGGGAAGUGGAGUGGACAGGAAGUGGCAUCAUCGUAGCAGUGACAUACAAGAACAGAGACAGACUGGAUCAAGGAGGAUUCGGGGCGACUGCUGAUUCUUGGGCCUUAAAUUGUUACGGAGGCGGCUAUGAGUUCAGACACAACAAUGUCGUGACUCCUGUAUUCAGCCCGGGUUCGUCCUCCACAGUGGGAGUGUUUGUGGAUCCCAGAGCAGGCGUCCUGUCUUUCUACAGCGUCUCUGAAACGGCGACUCUUCUCUACAGAGUCCAGACCGCAUUCACUCGGCCGCUCUAUGUGGGGAUUAUGGUUUGGGGGAGUUUUUUUGGAAGUACAACAGCGACUAUAAAGUAAAUCAGGUUUAAUGAAGAGGCGUCUGGUGAGCCGUGACCUGCUGUCAGUAGAACUGGUUUAGUGCUGCUGACGUCUGCUCUGACGUGCUGCUGGUGGGAGGUCUGAGCCGGGGGGCGUUCCUUUUCAUGUCAACCUGUGCAUCUAUGAACACGUAUCCAUGAAAUGCUAUUUGUGCUCCUCUAAAGGUGUAUCAUUGCUGUAAUGUUUUGUGUUCCACUGUGUGACACGUUGAAGGAGUUUGUCAGAUGUUUUAUUUGCUAGUUUAACUUUAGAUUUUGAAUCAGACUGUAAAGAUGUGAACACAGUGCAUUAAAUAAAGUUGGCUAAUUUUGAAAACAA